UGUUUAACAAAAAUUUCCUUUGGGAUUUUAAAAAGGACCAAAAAAUGUCCUUACCACACCGUUAUUUACAUAUUUCUACUACAUAAUAACGAGUAAUAGUUCGUAAACGUCAAACAUCGAAAAAGCAGCUGAAAUAAAAAUAAAACUGAAGAAAAAUGUCACCAAAUCCUCACUCACCUUUGCCACCAGCUACUAUGUCAUCUGGCGAUUUUGGCAAUCCUUUGCGUAAAUUUAAACUAGUAUUUCUGGGCGAACAGAGUGUUGGAAAAACUUCACUAAUUACACGCUUCAUGUACGACAGCUUUGAUAAUACUUAUCAGGCCACCAUUGGUAUAGAUUUCCUAUCAAAGACCAUGUAUUUGGAAGAUCGUACUGUACGCUUGCAGCUGUGGGAUACGGCUGGCCAAGAACGUUUUCGUUCUUUAAUCCCCUCCUACAUACGGGACUCGACGGUGGCUGUCGUUGUCUAUGAUAUCACUAAUACAAAUUCAUUUUAUCAGACUUCUAAGUGGAUUGAUGAUGUGCGCACAGAAAGGGGUAGUGAUGUCAUAAUAAUGUUGGUUGGAAAUAAAACUGAUUUGGCCGAUAAACGUUUGGUAUCUACCGAGGAAGGGGAACGCAAAGCCAAAGAACUUAAUGUUAUGUUUAUAGAGACUAGUGCCAAAUCUGGCUACAAUGUCAAGUUGUUGUUUAGGCGUGUAGCAGCUGCUCUGCCUGGUAUGGACUCUUCAGCUGAUAGCAAACCAUCUGAAACCAUGCAAGAUAUACAAUUGGGCCAACAGAAUGAACAAAAAGACCCCGAAGGAGGUUGUGCCUGUUAA